UUGACGCAUUUUGCCUGGCGUAGUCUGCGGAGCGAUUGGACGGGCGGAGCGUCACGUGAUCUGCACCAGACGAUGGCGGGCGCCGGAGAAGACGUGCGCGUGUUGUUUAGGGCUGGCGUCCGCGCCGCGCUGGAUGCUUGGUCGGCUUUGCAGAUCGCUGUGGAGAACGGAUUCGGGGGCGUGCACAGCAAGGAGAAGGCCGAAUGGCUGGGGAGUGCGGUGGAGGAGUACUUCAUGGGCAAUGCUGACUUGGAGCUAGAAGAGAUAGAAGACUUCCUCGGGGAGCUGAUGAACACUGAGUUUGAUACAGUUGUGGAAGAUGGGAGUCUGCCCCAGGUGAGCCAGCAGCUGCAGACCAUGUUCUGCCAUUUCCAAAAGGGCGAUGUUGCUGCUCUGAGGGAAAUGACCUCUCACAUCACUCAAAAAAAGUGCAAAAUCACAGCCACUACACUUAUGCCAGCCGGAGAGAGUGAUGUGGAUGAAGAUGAUGUGGACAGCGUGGAAGAGAUGGAGGUGACAGAGUUGCCUGUCACAGCUACAAAUGAUGGGGCUGCUAUGGAUGGGGUCUGUCCCCAGCCUGAAUCCUCUCAACCAGACACCCAGACUAUUAAGGAAGAGGAUAUAGUGGAAGAUGGUUGGACCAUUGUGCGGAGGAAGAAGUGAAUGGUGCUGGAAAUUGUUUUGGCCUUUGUUAGUUGUUCUGAGACUUAUUUAUAGGGACUGUUUUGGAGGGCUCUAGACCUCAUUACUGGUUACUGUGUCCCCACCAUGUAUCCCUGUCCAACUCCUUCAAAGGGAAGAAAAGGCCUGAGGGUCUUGGUUGGGGUGAUGGAACCUGGUCCAUUGUAGCCCUUUGAACCUUAAGGUACCAUCUCAAUGAUGGGGCCAGGUUUCCCAGCACAGUGCCUCUUGGGUGCCAUGUAAAGAGGGGGGAUAAGUGUGGGCAUGGUUGGAGGAGAAUAGUCAUACUGCAGGACAGUAGGUGGGUACAUUUGUGGAAAGGAGUCCCACACUUAUGUGCUGACUGGCCAGGAAUAGUGAGCUGAACAUGCAGGUGGCAGAGAGGAUGGUUGAAGUAAACAAAUGUCCUAGUGCUGCCUCUUCUAACCCCCAGCUUCCCCCAGAGCAACUCCUGUCCCUGUCCAGAACUUGCAUCCUUCUAAGUGUUCCUGCCUUGAGUGUCCCCAAAUUGUAAAACCUUGGUUAAAUGGUUAAGUUAGCUGAGUGGGACUGUUUGCUGUUUUUUUGUUUAAGUCCAGGGAUGAGGCUUAAGACCUUAGUAAUACAAUACCUUCUUGUUUAAUCUGUGACUUGACCUUGGAAUCAGCUUUGUGAGAGCUGAGUUUCUGAGUUCAGCAAGAGAGAGGUUUCUGGACCCACCUUUGAAACACAUAAAUGGAUGGACCAUAACAGUGCUCUGAAAGUUACUGUAAGCCUGAAAUAAACUGUAUUUUUCUUUAAAAAACAAA